AUGCAGUACACGGGCAGCUACUACCGCGGGCAGCGAGUUAACGGCAGGUUGGAAGGGACGGGGACCUACACCCUCCCCACCGACACCAAGUAUGAGGGCGAGAUGAAGGACGGGAUGUUCCACGGGAAAGGAACUCUGUACUUCCCCAGCGGAAGCAAAUACGAAGGGACCUGGGAGAAAGGCAUCUGCGUUGAGGGGAAAUACACCUUCUCUGAUGGUUUGGAAUACAAAGACAAUAAAUGGCAUUACUGUGAUGGCUACGACCGAAGGUUUUACACGGAAAUCUGCAAUGGCCUGAAGCCAGCAGGGAUUUCCCAGCUGACCAACCUGGACCCGCCUCGGACCAUCCCCCCCGGCUGCUAUGACUGCGGAGACGGCUUCUACAACCCGAAGACUCGAGUGGUGGUGGAUUACCGGCACCGCUUCCUGAGAAACGCAGAUGAUGAUGAGCACGACUGGAUUGUGAAGACGUGCCGGAAAGGCUGGGACGAGUGCGUUGGCUUCAAGCCGAAGAAGUGAGCUUGGCGGAGGGCGAGGAGGAAGAAGCCGGCUCCCCUUGGGUUUCCGUGCCUGAGGACCCUCUCCCUAUAAUUUCUCCAUUAAGGCCGACUUGGCCUCCCCCUGCCAGGAGAGCCGUGCCCGACGGCUUUCCUUUCAUCGGCGGCGGCAAUAAGUGGAAAUGGUGAGCCAAUCACCCAAGAUUACAGUCAGGUUCUCCCAAGAUGAACCGGUGGGCAAAGACCCCCUCAGAAGCCCCAGAGACCACCCUUUGCCCUCUGGCUUCGUUGGCCUCUCCCCAGGAGAGAAGGAACCAGAUUUUGCCAUCUGCAUGGAGGACCCAAGGAAAAGAAGGGGAGCCGGGCUGAAGAACCAAGAAC